AUGGAUAGACAACAAGAAAAGAAAGACAAUUUUGGUUGGCGACCGUUGUUUCUCGACAGUUCCUCUAUCAAAGAAUCCCAGCUCUCCUCCGAUUCCCGUACCCUUUAUGGGGGAGAGCGUAACCAUAGUACCUACCAACAGAUUACCUCAGGGGGUUCCACUAGUAACAUCCCUGAAUUAAGGGUACCUGGCCCAGCAUGGGUGAACCUGUUUUAUGACCUUGCUUGGACUGCGACCUUUGCAAGCCUCACCCACAAUAACAAUACCAAUGGAUUAUGGGGUACUCUUUCAUAUGUAACAUUUUUCACAGUUGUUUGGUGGUUGUGGGUCUCCCAGAGCUUGCCCCAAUCCUGUGACCCCAGUACGCCGCGGGUUCGUAAUCGUCUGGAAUCUAUCACGACCAUCAUCUUGGGAGAGGGGAUCAAUGGCAUUGCCGGGACCUUAUAUUCAGUCAUAUGGGCUCCCGGGCUGGAGGGUCCGAUUGUGUACGACGUUGGGUGUGCCGCAUUAAUCGUCAGCUUUAUUGCCUAUCUUUAUUUUCAAUCCCCAAUCGAACCCUCGGAUCCCAAGGAUGAUCGACACAGCGGAUGUUGGAUGUUCUGGCACCUCUCACUUUUGCUAUCGAUAAUAUUGCUUUUGAUAGGAGUCAAAAAGCAAUUUUUGCUCUCGUGUAUUCUAUCGACCACCGACUCGAUGCUUCGAGCCGUAGGGCACGCAAUAAACGAUAAACAGCUCCGUUUGAACUACAUCAGCGCGCAGACAAACAUGACGAUAAAGAACUACCUACUUCGACGUGGUGUAGUUUGGCAAGAUGAAUACGAACAACUUGUAGCGCGCUUGACAAAUGGGUCCACCUCGGCUCUCGUCUGGAACGAUGAGCAAAAAACUGAAUUUUUUGCUUGGAAUUACCGUAUUUCUUUGAAAAUCCUCGUUGCCACGUUUGCGACGUUUAGCGGAGACUGCGGAUCGAUCAGUAACCAGACAAAAGCCAAGAUAGAAGACUAUUACAAAAAUGCGACAUGGUCGCUCCAGGAUUACCACUAUAUUAAUACUAAAUCCAAGCCUCGGGCGUCGUUACAAUACUUUCAGAUAUUGACUGAAAUACUUCACCCAAGUAUUGAAAGCGCUCGAUAUGUUGUGCUGUUCGCCGGCAUGACUUUACGCAGCGCACCCGAAUCUGAUACACACAUCGCUCUCAGUGGAAAACAGCUUCCGAAAGUGGGCUGUCAUUUCCAGGAUCGUCGUAGGCACAAUUCUCAUAGGCCUUUUAUUCCUGAACGUUGGUGGUUCGCAAACGCUUUGGUAUCGCCAGAGGAUAAAGACGAUCAGGGGGAGUUUUCCGCUGGAUCUUAG